AAAAAAUAAAUGAUUAAAUUAAAUUUUCAAGUAACAGCCUAUACUAAUUUCACAGAAACAGUUAAAAUAUGUGGUUCUAUUCCAGAACUUGGUCAAUGGGAUCCUUAAAAAGCCUUCGAAUUACAAACAGACCCUGAAAAAUAUCCAAAAUGGUAUUCCAAGACACCCAUAUGCCUUCCUGAUGGUCUUGAAAUAGAAUUCAAAAUAUUAAUAUUAACAUAAGAUAAUAAUUUAAAAAAAUGGGAAGACUUACAUAUGAAUCGUACAUAUACUACUUAAAUAUUAAAUGAAAAUCCUCUUUUAAUAAUGGAAGAAUCAAAUAUUGAAAUAUUGGAAUAAAAUAUGACUCCAAUUAAAUAAUUAAACGAAAAUAAAUCAUAUGCAUAACAUUUAGCCCCUUUAAGAAUCCAAUCAUAUCCCAUAGUAUCAAAAAUAUAUGAAAAUCCAGAAAAUGCAAUAGAAUAUAGUUACAAAUGUAAAAUAACGAAUUCUUAAAAUUAUCUUAAUGAUGAUAAUAAUAGAAAAUAAAAUAGACUUAAAAACGAACUAAAAUAACUUUCCAGAUAGUUACCUUUAAGCGAAACUAAUAGUAUUUUUCUCAUUUAUGACGAAAAAAGACUAGAUGUAAUGAAAGCGCUUAUUUUCGGCUCCGAAGGGACCCCAUAUGCACAUGGAGCAUUUAUUUUUGAUAUUUUUAUACCAGAAGAAUACCCUAAUAAUCCUCCAAUAAUAUCCAUAACAUCGACUAAAGGGGGAUAAAUAAGAUUUAAUCCAAAUUUAUAUGCAGACGGAUUAGUUUGUUUGAGUUUAUUAGGAACUUGGAAUGGUUCUUCUGAUGAAAACUGGAAUCCUUAAUAUUCGAAUAUUUAUUAAGUUUUAGUUAGUAUAUAAUCACUUAUUAUGAAUGAAGAUGUUUAUUUUAAUGAACCUUCUUAUGAAUAAUAUAGAGAAAGUGAAUAUGGAAAUAAUCUUAAUAAAGGAUAUUGUAAUAUUGUUCGAUAUUAUAAUGUCUAACAUACUAUUAAUGAUAUGAUAGAGAAUAGCCCAAAGGAAUUUCAGAUGUUAUUAAAAAACACUUUUUGAUUAAAAAGAAUAAAAUUCUUAAAGAUAUUUAGAUGUGGGUUUAAGAAGCUUAGAAUGAUAAAACUAGCGAUUAUGAUGAAAUUAUUUCUUAUCAUAAUCAGUAAAUUUGUGAUGUAUUUUAGGAAAAUAGGAAUAAUUAUGCAAUGAUGUUGGAAUAGGAAAUGAAGAGAACGUAAUUAUUGUUGAAUUAAUUAGAAUUAAAUUAUAAUUUAUGAAAUCUAUUAUAUUUUUUAUUUUAUUUUAAAAUAUUGUUUUUUAAAUAUAUAAUAUUUGUUAAUUUGUUAAUUUUUAAUUUU